AUGUCGUCUUUGCAAGAUCCAAUGUUUCUCUUAUCCGGUGAACCCUUUGGACUCAUCACUCCCGCUGGGCCGGCAUUGAGCGUCAAUCACACCUCGCCUAUUCGGACACUUACUGAGGUCCCUGACAACGGUUUCAUCACCAAUUGCUUCCAGCAUCUCCACCGGCAGGAAGCAGAGUUGAUGAGGACUACACUCUAUGCGAUCCUGGACGCAUGGUGGUGGCGCAUAAACGAAUAUUCGCUUGCGCCUGUAGGGGCACUGGACGUCUUCGUCUCUGCAGCCAUUGGCCCAAUGUACACCUGCAAGUUUUGCACUGGUGGGUUCGAUGACCCCGACAACGCAAUAUCCUGUGUUCGUGGGCAUAUUAAUGUCUAA